UCGUACAAACAGACGACUUGACGUUACUGGUAAAGCGAUCACUGUCUCCACUAAUGGCAAAACUUCGAAAGGGAUCGCGCCCAAAUAGUCCCCCCUCUAAUUCCCGCCUCUUGCACUCUUCAAAAUCUAUUUCUAUCUGUAUAUAUUCUUCAAAUUUUCAAAGUGCUCCGGUGAGUGUCUCUUAAGCGUCUCUAGGGUUCUUCUUGCUCUUCUCUGUCUAUUUCCUUCUGCAUUUGCUUUAGAUCGCCGGCUUCGAUCUGCUUGGCAUUUGAUUAGACGCUAAGUUUGCUCAUUGUAUCGGAUUUAAGAUCGAGCUGUUCGAAUUUGUAUUCCGUUUUUGACGGUGUGCACAAGAAAUUUAUUGCAGGUUUGAUGUAGGUUAUAAUCAAUGACUGUAGCGAAGGAAUCUGCAAAUGGCACUGGUCGUAAAGCCUUAGCAGUUGCUGGGGUGAAGAAGAAAAAGAAGAAGAAGAAGAACAUUGCUCAAGGCAUUUCAAAACUUGAAACCAAGGAGUCCACCAAUCUGCGGAGGUGUAGCCCAAGAAUUCAAAAUAUUCCGGAAGAGAAAAGGCCGUAUUACGGCAGCGACAGCAAACGGAAAGUGGAGGUCAAAAACGAAAAAGUUAGCGCUAAAAAGACUAAAGUUGAGCACCAUUCAAAACAAGGACUUCCACAAAGUCGAUGUGGAGUAACUACAAGUGAUAAUGGAGAAGACAAAGUCAAUGGAAAUGGAAAUGGUAAGGCAGUGGUUACCAAAUUGACAGCAGGUAGCAAGAGGACUGUUGUUGCAAUAGGUGACGAAGUGGACUGGGUGAAUACUGGUACUUCUCCAGUUGAUGACAAGGGCAGAAGCUUAACUGCAAGAGUGAAAGAGAUUGUUAGAAAAUUUAACGUGCAUUACCUUCACUUUGUUCAGGAAGAGUUGAUGAGAUGUGGGACGAAGGAGAAGAGUGCACAUGAUGGUAAUGCUAGGAGGUCUUCCAAGCGAUGUGAUUUGAAGUCAGUUAAUAAGGAUAAAGGUGCACAUGAUGCUGAUGCUAAGAGAUCUUCCAUGCGACCUGAUUUGAAGGCACUUAAUGAGAUGCGGAGAAAAAAGGAAAUCCUAUAUCCUGAAAAAAGAUUUGGAAACCUACCAGGUGUUAAUGUUGGGCAUCAAUUUUUUUCUCGAUGUGAAAUGGUGGCCAUCGGUUUACAUUCACAUUGGUUAAAUGGUAUCGAUUAUAUUGGAAAAACUGGCAAGAAGGAGUACAAAGGCUAUACCUUUCCACUUGCAGUAGCAAUUGUUUUGUCCGGCCAAUAUGAAGAUGAUGUUGAUAACUCCGAAGAAAUUGUAUAUACAGGUCAAGGUGGAAAUGAUUUACUUGGUAAUAAGCGUCAAAUUGAAGAUCAAAAGAUGAUUCGUGGUAAUUUGGCUCUUAAGAAUAAUAUGGAGCAAUCUAUUCCUGUUAGAGUCGUUCGUGGACAUAAAUGUGUCACCAGUUAUUCCAACAAGUUGUAUACAUAUGAUGGCUUGUACAAGGUGGAUAAGUACUGGGCUGCGAAAGGUGCCGCUGGAUAUACUGUUUAUAAGUAUCGAUUAAAACGACUUCCUGGGCAACCUGUAUUACUCACAAAUCAGGUUUACUUUAGUCGUGGACAAUGGUCUAAACUCUCAUCAGAAUUGCCUGGGUUGGUGUGCAAGGACAUUUGUGAUGGUCAAGAAAACAUAUGUAUUCCAGCGACUAAUAUAAUUGAUGAUCCACCUUUUGCACCAUCAGGAUUUACAUAUACGAAGUCAAUUACAGUAGAGUCAGGUAUCAAAAUCCCAUCUAGUGCUCCUGGGUGCAAUUGCAAAGGAAAAUGUACUAACCCAAGGACUUGUUCUUGUGCUAAACUUAAUGGCUCUGACUUUCCCUAUGUCAGUAAAAAUGGUGGCAGGUUGGUUGAAGCUAUGGACGUAGUUUUUGAAUGUGGUCCAAAUUGUCUCUGUGGGCCUGAAUGUGUAAACCGCACAUCUCAGCAGGGAUUAAAAUACAAACUCGAGGUUUAUCGUACUCAAUAUAAAGGGUGGGCAGUUCGGUCCAUGGAUUAUAUUCCUUCUGGUGCGCCAGUAUGUGAAUACACUGGACUACUUAGGAAGACUAAAACCUUAGAUGCUGUCUCUGGGAAUGACUAUAUUUUUGAAAUUGAUUGCUGGCAAACGAUGAAUGGUCUAGGGGGACGAGAGAGGCGAUUACGUGAUGUUUCCCUUCCUAGUGAUCAUGCCGAUAAAAGGGAUGGCAAGAUAUCUGAAAGGCCUGAUUUUUGCAUCGAUGCUGGUUCCUCUGGCAAUGUUGCCAGAUUUAUCAAUCAUAGUUGUGAGCCUAACCUUUUUGUUCAGUGUGUUUUGAGCUCUCACCAUGAUGUUAAAUUUGCUCGAAUUGUGUUAUUUGCUGCAGACAACAUACCAGCUUUGCAGGAACUUACUUAUGACUAUGGUUAUGCACUUGAUAGCGUCGUUGGUCCCGAUGGAAAGAUAAAAAAGCUGGCAUGCUUCUGUGGUGCGACUGGCUGUAGGAAGCGUUUGUAUUAGGCACAUAAAUGUUGCACUGUAGUAUGUUGUUUUGCCUCUCCAGCUCAUUGAAGAAGCAUUAAUUAGUUGAUAUUAGUUUGGCCAAUUUUUUGCAACCAUGGAGUGUCAAAAGGUGGCAUCUCAAGGUGAAUUCCUAUGCACUUCUCCUUUUUGAUUCUUGUCCUUUUUCUGGGGAGUGUAGACACAGAUUCUCUCUUUUUGUAAUUAGAAACGAAAGAAUGUCAAGUGAAAUGCUUGUCAUUUAUAUAUCAAUCAUUGAAUUUGUCCUGUAUACUCAACAAUACUUUUAAAAAUAUAGUUUCACUUGUUUCAUUUUCA